GUCAAUGUCAUAAAUAUGCUGUCGUGUUUUCUGAUUAACUAAAUAAGUUUUGUCUAUAUGUUUUAAGAACGUCACGAAGAAAACAUGAACUUGGUUUGUUCGUGAUUUAAACGACCUCGAUCAUAGAAGUCUCAGUAAAUGUUGCGUAGCGUGGCGAAAUGUGGAGGAUGAUAAAAUUUGUGAAACUAUAGUAUUUUUGCAAAUAACGAUUACUCAGACGAAAUGUCGGCACAUAGCUCAUCCGAGGAUGCGGAAGCCGACAGGAUACUUAUGAUAAAAAAGAUAUUAAGUGCCGCUUUUUACGCUUUUGCCUCGUUUAUGAUAACAGUGGUGAACAAGACCGUACUAACUUCAUAUGCAUUUCCGUCGUACCAAGUGUUGGGAUUGGGACAAAUGAUAGCUACAAUUUUAGUAUUAUGGUGUGGUCGGUCCCUUAAAGUUGUUCAGUUUCCGCCGCUGGAUAGUGGAAUAGCUCACCGCAUAUGGCCCUUACCAGUUAUUUAUCUUGGAAAUAUGGCUACGGGACUUGGUGGAACCAAGGAGUUGAGCCUUCCUAUGUUUACAGCUCUCAGGCGGUUCAGUAUACUCAUGACCAUGAUACUUGAAAGAUUUGUACUUGGUAUUAAAGCAUCAUGGCCUGUCCAAGUCAGUGUAAUGGCAAUGGUUGGAGGAGCGUUGCUAGCAGCUGUAGACGAUGUUACAUUCUCUUGGACAGGUUACACUUUAGUGUUGCUAAAUGAUGGGUUCACAGCUGCAAAUGGAGUGUACAUGAAAAAGAAAUUAGACUCAAAGGACUUGGGCAAGUAUGGCCUUAUGUAUUACAAUGCACUCUUUAUGAUAGUCCCAGCUGCCAUUGUUGCUUGGUGUACCGGUGAUUUGGAACACUCCGCUGCUUAUCCUCAUUGGGAUAAUAUGCUGUUUUUAGCACAAUUCCUGAUGUCUUGUCUGAUGGGUUUUGUACUCUCAUAUAGUGUGAUGUUGUGUACUCAAUAUAAUAGUGCCUUAACUACAACCAUUAUAGGCUGUCUUAAAAACAUCCUUGUGACAUAUUUGGGUAUGAUCAUUGGUGGAGACUAUGUGUACAGUUUGCUUAAUUUUGUGGGACUUAAUAUUAGUGUAUUGGCGAGCUUAGGCUAUACUUAUGUUACGUUUAAACGUAAACCAAAUAACUACAUGCUGUUGAAUGAGGCAAACAGCCGGGUAAAUACAGUAUGAUCAAAUUACUGAGAAUUUACCAGCAUAAUAUAUUUACAUUUUCAUUUCUGAGAAAUUUAUAGAUGUUGUCGAAAGUAAUUUGGUCAAAUUUGUAUUUGAAAAUAAUUGAUUUGUAAUAGGAUAAAAUAAAUUGUUGGUAUAUAAAGUAAUAAUUCUAACGCACAUUGACUUAUACAUGUAUUUUUCAAUAAUUUUAUAAUCAAUUUGAAUUUUUUUAUAAAAUAGUUAAUGCGGGCGCCUCAAUGAUAGUAAUUUUUAUAUUGAGCAAGUGAGAAAACAACAAAUUUUUUAUCGAGUGAUAACAUGUGCAGACGUAUUUGUAACAAAAAAAAAAAAACAAUCAAAACCAGCCAGUUUUGAUGUUAUAUUUAAUGUUAAAUUUGAAAAAAAUGUUCAAAAUUCUUGUUGAAUCUACAUAUACGAUUACUUUAUCAUAUCUUUAACGAGCAAUAACUUUAGGUGAUAUAAGUGUAUAAGUAUAAAUUUAGUGUUUUUUUUUUUAAUUUAUAUAGGCUUUGUACCAAUGGUAUAACUAUAUAACCUAACUGUACGGUCUAAUUGAGCAAAUAGUUUAAUCUAUGCCAACAUGUUGUGUUAAUCAAGAAAAUCAAUGAUUAAAAGCAUAUUUUUUAAUGAUUAUGAGUUAAACGAACAUUUUUGUUUAAUAUACAUAUAAUUAAAUGAACCUUAUAUACUAUGGUUGAAUAUUGUAACAUCUGUUCAAUGUCCUUACUUAUAUUGAAGAGAUGUUACACACGGGAUUAUUGUGUAAUGGGUAAUUUAUAAGGAUUUAUCAUAUUAUUUAAAAUUAUUAUGGAUUAUCUUUAGAAUAUUAUAUUAUUUUUCGUUUUAUUGAUACAUUCAAAUACCAUAUACAUUUGCAUAUUUUUAUUUGAUAUUAUAACAGUAAUAAAAAAUUAUUUUUUUUUCACCAUACAGUAAAUCUUAUCAAGCACUCGAUUUAUGUUAAAAAAAUUGCCAGUAAAAUACUACGUAUGUACUCUUGUGUUAUCUAUAUAGUGUGUGAUUUGGUUAUACUAAUUGCCUUUUAUAUUUAUAACAAUUUUAUACGUGUUAUUCAUGUAUAGGCUUAAAGUUUGAUGUUAAAAAUAAAUACGACUGUACAUUUACCUAUCUUAAGAAUCAUAAUUCUACGCACUUUUUUUUUUAAAGUGCUAUUUAUUAGUCAAUUGUGAUAAAGAUAAUAAAAAUUUAAUAUGCA